AUGCCACCAUAUCAAUUACUACUGUCGCUGGUCCUUGCCAGUAGUCAUGUUUUAGUUAACGCCGCGGACCCCUCUCCAGUAGAGGACUACGAUGUCCUACAAUAUGUCGAUCCCUUGAUCGGCAGCGCCAACGGAGGAAAUGUCUUCCCGGGCGCUACAUUACCAUACGGCAUGGCCAAAGCCGUUGCAGACACAGACUCAGAAAGCAACCAAGGCGGCUUCGCCUACGAAGGCGGCAAUGUGACCGGUUUCUCGAGCAUGCACGAUUCAGGAACUGGAGGCAGUCCCUCGCUAGGAAAUUUCCCGCUUUUCCCAUAUGCAAAAUGUGCCGGCGAUGAAGUGAACGGAUGUGUAUAUCCGAAAAAGCAGCGCAAGAUCAAGUAUAAGCCCGACUCGGUGCAGGCGCAUCCUGGAUACUUUGCUAUAGAGCUUGCGUCUGGGGUUCGUGUUGAUAUGACUGCUGCACAGCAUACCUCGUUGUUUCGGUUCCAGUUUCCGAAUGGUAGUAGUCCGUUGAUUUUGCUUGAUCUUACCGAUUUGUCGGAUUCUAGACAGGAUAAUGCGACUAUUUCUGUGGAUGAAUCGACUGGUCGGAUGACUGGUGAUGCGCGAUUUACGCCUAGUUUUGGGAGUGGAUCUUAUACGUUGUAUUUCUGUGCAGACUUUGAGAGUCCGGCUUUGAAGCGGGAUAGUGGGAUCUUUGUCAAUUCCCGCGCUAGUGCUGAUGUUCACGAUUUGAAGAUUUCGAGGUCUAUCAAUGGAUAUCCUCUUCCGGGCGGUGGAUUCGUCCGCUUCAAGUCUGCCCCAGACAAUACCAUUUUGGCUCGGGUUGGAGUUAGCUUCGUGAGCACGAAGCAGGCUUGCUCACACGCGGAGUCCGAGAUCAAGGACUUCAAUUUCAAUGCUACCCAUCAAGCAGCCAUUGAUCAAUGGACAGAGAAAAUGCGCCCUAUUCGCGUGUCCCGGACUGGAAUUGACAAUUCUGUUCUCACCAACUUCUUCAGUGGUGUGUAUCGCACAAUGGUCAAUCCCCAAGAUUAUACGGGAGAGAAUGUGCUCUGGUCUAGUAAUGAGCCGUAUUUUGACAGUUUCUACUGUCUAUGGGACUCGUUCAGAUCCCAAAUCCCAUUCUUGACUAUCUUCGAUCCUAACGCUGUGAUCAAAAUGGUCCGUUCACUUAUCGAUACCCAGCGCCAUCUAGGCUGGCUACCAGAUUGUCGCAUGUCUCUUUGCAAAGGAUACACCCAAGGCGGCUCAAAUGCAGACAACAUCCUAGCAGACGUCUACCUCAAAGGCCUCCGUGAUGGCAUAGACUGGGACGCCGGCUACGCAGCCGUCCAAAAAGACGCCGAAGAAGAACCAUACGACUGGUCCAACGAAGGCCGCGGCGGCCUACGCAGCUGGAAAAACCUACAUUACAUCCCAGUCGAAGACUUCGACUACGAAGGCUUCGGCACCAUGACCCGCAGUAUCUCACGCACACUCGAGUAUGCAUACAAUGACUUUGCCAUUGCACAGAUGGCGCGCGGUCUCAACAAGACAGCCGACGCAGAGCGGUACGAGAAACGAUCUCGCAAUUGGCGAAAUCUUUUCAAGAAAGAUCAGACAUCUCUAUGGAAAGGCAACGAUACUGGCUUUACGGGAUUCUUUCAGCCGAAGUAUUCGAAUGGGACGUGGGGAUAUCAAGAUCCACUUGCGUGCUCGAAUAUUGAUAUGAGUGGUCGUGCAUGUUCGCUUCAAAAUACAGCGGGAGAAACCUUUGAAUCGAGUAUUUGGGAAUAUCAGUUCUUCGUCCCCCACGACAUGUCAACCCUAAUAACCCACCUCGGGGGACCAACCAACUUCACAAACCGCCUCGACCACCUCCACGACACAAACAUAACCUACAUAGGCAACGAACCAGCCUUCCUAACAGUCUUCCAAUACCACUACGCCGGCCGACCCGCAAAAUCCACAUCCCGUGUCCGAACCUACAUCCCAGACUACUUCUCACCGACACCAGCAGGACUACCCGGAAACGACGACUCAGGCGCAAUGGGCUCAUUCGUCGCGAUGGCCAUGAUGGGUCUAUUCCCGAACCCGGGCCAGAGCGUUUACCUGCUUACCGUGCCGUUCUUUGAGGCUGUUAGUAUUGAUGCUUUAUCUUCCAUUCUCGUUGUUUGA